AGCACUUACAAGACCAGGCAGUUGCAACCAUCAGAGCUGCCAGCAGCAGCAUGUCUGCUGCUCCUGCUCUGCUGUUGAGACUGAGAGAUGUGGGGCCCUGGAUGGGGACACACUGAGUGGGAGGAGAAGUCACCAGCAGUGUUUUUUCUGUGCAUAACAACACAGGGCUGUGCUUGUCAAGAAGCUGCAGCAACCUGGGAAAGGACUGCAAGGACAGAAAGGCACGAGGGCACAUUCAGCACGAGCAGCGUUCAGAGCCUUGCAAAACCACCACUAUGGCAAUCUCUGUGUGGCUGAAGGUCCAGUCUCUCCAGUGCACUACCUCACAGGAUGUUGUGCCCGAGGCUUCUAAUCAAAUGCAGUACUCAGUUCUGGAGCUAACUGACAGACAAAUGCCAGCUUUGCUCUGCAUGGUGAAAAGAGGCUUUGACCAUAGACUAAUUCUUAGAACUCCGUGCACUGUGCUCAAAGGGCUCCUUGGAGAGCAGGCCCACGGAAGAAGAGAGAAGUUCUGUCUGGAUGCAACAGGAGCUCAUCCACAUCCUGCACACGCUCCACUUGAACACUCCUGCAGGCUCCUACCACACAGGACCCCGUUCAUCACCCCCAGGUGGCUUUGUUGCAUAAGGGCAAAGCUCACAACUCUCUGGGAACUGCAAGUGGUGGGAGCUGAGCAGCAUCACAGAGGUCUGCAAGUACCUUCUCUGCACAGCGCUGGAACAACUCUCCACACCCCACUGAGUUCAGCCAUUUUCAGAGAGCCAUCUCUGGCUUCUUUUACACGUGCUCUGUGCCCACACGCUCAGGUUUGGCUGCUGACCGGUGUGCAAGGGCAGGCAGCAAGAGCCUGCAGGCACACAGUGACUCUGGGAGCGGAUGAGGACGAAGGUGAAACUCUCCUGGGGUUGUUUGUUUACGAUGUGGACGGAGAGAUCGCCCACACCUUCCACGUGCAGGAGCGCCGUUCUGGCGUCCCGCGGCAGCCCAGGGAGCGGAGCAGAGCAAGUCAGGGUUCUGCCGCUGGCAAAGGGAGCCGUGCGGAUGUGCCGCGGCGCUUCCCGCUCUGUAUCAGCGGGAGGAGCCCCGCAAAGCCUUCGGCCGUGUCAGAUUGGAGGCGCGGAGCAACUGAGGAAACGCAGAACGCACCUGCGUGUGCCGAGUGGAAAUUCACGGCAAUUCGUAAAAGACAGCAGAGAUUUUUAGUAGCAAUAAUGAGAAUAAAAGGUCGGUUACUUUCUGCCCGCGCUGAGGGCGGUUACUGGAGCGGCGCAUUGGGACGGGGCGAGGGAGGAGCUCCGGGGCCGACUGGGGCGAGAUGCGCGGGGCCGUGUGGCGUCAUCACCCUGCGCCGAGAGACGGAAGCGGCCGUGCGGAAGUGGUGCGGCGCAGCGCUGUGACGUCAUCACUCCUCGCCGCGAGACUGAGGAGGCCGAGUGGAAGUGGUGCGGGGCCGCGCGCUGCUCCAGCGCCGCAGGGCAGCCCCGGGCUCUGAGCGCCGCUUCAGCUUGUACAAAUCUUCCUUGACUGCAGUGGCUGUUGUGUCACGGACAUUCCUGCGUGUCCUCAGCUGUUAUCAGCAAGCUUGUCCUGGCUUUUGUGUCUUCUUACAGACUUUAUUGGAUACAGCUAGUGAUAGAUGGAGAUAAAACGAGGGAUUCCUUUGCAAACUGUAUCCUUAGGUGUCCAGAUGUGAAAGAGCCUAUGACUCACAUGCAGUACACCAUGGAAAAGAUUCUCUCAUUUUAGUCACUUGAGCUAUUAUAGGAGAUAACAUCAUUAACUGUUGCGUGGUCUUGAUCAGGCUGCUUACCAACUGCUUGAUCAAGGAGAGCAGGCAGAAGUCUUUUGUCAGCAAUCUGAGGUGUCUGCAGAUCAAUGAGCAGCUGCCCAUGGGAGCUGCAAUUGCCCUGGCAUUCUCUGGCCAAGCAGAACACCAGGCCACCGAGUUCAGCCCUGCAGAAUUAUAAUGGUGUAAUAUUCUGUAUUUCAUGGAACACAGUGCACCAGAACAAUUCCUGCCCAGGGUCUGCAUUCUUAGAUCAUAAAAUCAAACAACUAUAGACUUCUUAUUGGCCACUUCAGUAACGUGAACUAAUGGAAGGUGUCUCGCCCAUUGAAUGAGGCUUGGAGCUGUUCUUCAAUGUCCCUUCCAAUCCAAAUCGGUGAUUCUAUUAAUUUGCAUCAUAGGAAGUGGAAAAAACUCACCGCUUGUGUGCAGGAAAGGGUGGGACAAGGAUGGUCACUGCCUGAUGGGACACAGAGCAGUGAGAGAAGGGAGCAGAGGCCAUGCUGUGAGGGACAGCAGCAGCUCGCAUGGCAUCAGGAGGCAGAGAGGUGGGAAAUGCACAAAGAGCACUGAGAGCUGGAAGGCAGUCAGGGCUCACAAAGGCAGCAGUGCUCAGGGAACCCACUGAACUUCCCCAGAGGAUCUUGUUUGAGAUUGUACAGACUUGAGGCAUGUUGGUAUCAGCAUCAAUUAAAAAAUGGGGAUUGGUGUUUUCCUUGCUACUUCUUGACUGCUGAAAGGAGGUUGCUAAAAGCCUCUGUUUUACCAAAACUGUUUUGUUUUUCUCCUAACGUAAGUUUUUGUGGAUUAAAUUGGGUUGGCCUCGGGAAAGAAGGUCCCAAGGUGUCAGAAGUGUUCAGCAUUGAGCCCAUAGAGUUAGGCAGUUGUGCUUGAGAAACAGCUGUUAUUUUUUGAGUGAGUGGUCAUUUACAGAAGCAGAAAAACCAUCUCUGAUGCUAAAUUAAAGAUGAGUGUUCAACACUUGGUGCCAUUAUAGGUAAAAAUACUCAUCCAUUUACCAGGAAGAAAAUCCAGUGAACGUGGAUAAGGAGCAGUCGUUGCAGGUUUCUAGGCACUGCUUUACCACACAAUUGAGCGUUUAUGCCCAGGUGGAAUGUAUUGGGUAACUUCUUUGCCAUGUCCACUACUAAUAUAUUUCAGGAUAGAAAGAAAAAGUAAAACGUUAAUGAACAAAAAAUGUUCAGUUUCAAGAUGUUGUUUUGCAUGAUGUUUAGCUGUGGGACUUAGCAAGGAAGGCAGAAUUCAGGAGAUUUUUCUUUAAAUGGCCCUUCCUGUAUCUCAGCACUUGCAUUGCUAGCUCCAGCUUACAAUAUCCAGGCAUUAACAUGGAGCACCCUCGGUGCUGUCAGCUCCUGCAGCCAGUUUUAAACAUCCCUAAGCUGGUUAUUUCAGAACUGAAAAUAUAGCACUCAUUUUCCUGUUGAGGCCACUGUUUGGCCUUGCCAAGUCAGGAGUUGUAAAUCAAAGUUAUUUCUGAAGCAGUGCAGCAGCUGUGAGAGACAGGAGGAAGAAUAACGUGAAAGAAAGAACGCAGCAGCCACCAAGGUCAGUAAAGAAGUAGAGGAAGAAGGUGCUCCAGGUGUCAGAGCAGAGCUGCUCCUGCAAGCUGUACAGAAGACCAUGGUUGCCCCUGGCAGCCCCUAAAGAACCACAUCCAAGCAGAUUCCUGCACUGCGACCUGUGAAGGACUCUGCAUGGGAACUGUUGAGCCUGAACCACUGGUUGAGCACCUGUGGAAAGGACCAGGUCAGCAUUGGGAGCACAGGUGAAGGCAAUUCAGCUGUGCAACAGGAAGGGCUGGAGCCUGGCUGCACCUCCCUUAGGCCCCAUUUCAGGGCUGACUGCCACAGGAGAAGGAUCUCUGCCUGGAGAUCCCUCCUUGGUGGAAAAUUCCCCUGCAAACCUGCAAUCUUCUAAUGGAGCUGCCAUUACCCAAUCAGAGCAUUAACCAAAGUCACUGCUCAUAGCAAUUAAUAAGCUGCUUAGAGAAAAUAAAUAAAAAACAAGAAAUCCCAAUGAUCUUCUACUUCUCACCACCCAGGAAGUACAGCAGGCAUCCCUUCAUCCUCACCACCACAAAGUGGCAGCAGUCCCAGCAGUGCCUGUCUCCAGUCCUGCCCCUUUCGAGUCCCUUCCUGCCUCUGACAUAGUCCUGACCAGGCCCUGCUGUGCCCCCAUUCCCUGUUCAGCCCAUCCCUGUUCCUGUCCUGCCCCGAUCCUCCACAUCUCCUUGCCCAUCUUCUGGUCCUGUCCCUAUCCCUACCCUACUACCACCUCCAUACCCAUCCUCAUCCUUUUCCUUAUCCUGUCACUGCCCCUGCCCCUAUGUUUCCUGCCCAUCUCCUGUCCCUGUCCCUAUCCCUUGUCUACCCUAGACUUUUCCCUGUCCUGCCCCUGUCUCUGCUUGUCCCUCUCCUGUCCCCUCCCCUGUCCCUGUGCUGUCCCUGCUCCAGGCCUCUGACAGAAUCUCCUGGCAGCCCACCACAAAGCUGAAAGGAAAUUGUAAGGCAGAAGAACAGAAGUGUGAUGAAUGAGAGGGGAGGACAAAGAGGGCAGAACUGAAGAAAGGACACAGGUAAGAGGAGCAGAGCCAAUGGGGGAGGGGAAGGAAGGAGAUGGCAGGGGAGAAUGGACAAGAGGGAAGAGCAGAAAGGCAGCGAAAAUAGGAUUCCUUGAAAAGAAUUGUUUACAGCUUUCUUAAGAGACAGGAUUUCUCAUGAUAAGACUGAUGGUUUUCCACUUCCUGAAUUACAGAGGAUACAUAAACACAGAGGGUUAAAUAAACCCUAGCAAGAAGGUGCCAAAUUCUAAAGCAAAACACCCGGGAACAAUUCUACUUACUGCACUCCAUGGGACCUCUUAGCUAUUUGCAGAGCACCCAAUGCAAGCGGGUCAGCUGCUGUGGGGGAGGAUUGGGAACCAUAUUCCAAUCUGUAUCCUUGGAAGGAGAUAUUUUGGAAAAACUGGUCCUCACAAACUGCAGAGCUUCAGACGACCCCGGAGCAGAGGCUCCUUAGUAUAUGGGAACCCCGAGAAAUCUGCAGGACAGCCAGUAAUAGGGCUGGGAGGGAAACAAAUGCAAGCUGUGAAAACACAAACAGAAAUGAAAAUAGGAAACCUCCUGAAAUGAUUGUAUCCUGUCACGAUUGUCCCUGUCCCAGAGUACAUCACAGGGACAGGUAUUCCAAAAGGACUCACCUUGAAUCUUCCCAGCGGUCAGCCCCAAUUUGGGAUAAAGAAUUGUGUUCGUGCUCCGACAAUUUCAGUGGGAAAAGUAACAAUGCCUGCUGCGCAGAUUCCUGCUGCAACUGAAGUAGUGACAGUGAAACAGUAUGGGACCCUGGGGGGGGGGCAUGAAGAGAUAUCAAAUACAAUUAAUGAUUUAUUGGAUGCAGGAGUUUUAAGUCAACUACUACAGCUUGGAACAACCCAAUACGGCCUGUCAAAAAGUGAUGGGUUGUGGAGGGAAUUAAAUAAGCACAGCCUGCCUCUACAGCGGCUGUAGCAGGGAACCACUGCUUGAAGAGAAGUUCAGAAACAUUCCAGAAGCGGGUAUGCUGUGAUUGAUUGAGCUAAUGCACUUCCCACUAUCCCAAUUGCAGAGGAAUGUGGCAGGGGUGACAAGAUACUUUCUGUAGAUUGCCUCAGGGAUGGCUGCACAGUCCAACCAUUUGCCACAGAACAGUGGCUGAACAUGUGCAUGGUGAUAAACUGCCUCCUCCCAUGCAGUUAGUCCAUUGUACAGAUUAUAUGUUAGAUCUUUGUGCACAUAGGAUCCCUGAGACACAAACUCCUGAACGCGUCUGGGACUAGGAGUGGAUCCAGCUGUGCUGAGGAACCUUACCUCUGUGGUUUGAAGAGUUCACACAGCCAUGGGGUUGGCUCUGAUCCUCAUGACACAGCAGGAGAGCGUCCUGUAGGUGUGUGUGUAACCCUGUCCUCUCUGUGGAAAAUAACCAAGGGCAUCCAGCCAUCUCCAGUCUUGUGAAGUCACUGUUAUAUCUGCUACAGCAUAUCUAUGCUCAUCAAUAAAUGCGUUCCUGCUUCCCCCUUAGGAGUGUAUAUUGUAGCUGUAUCUGUUAAAAAUUGGUGAAGUCUGCAUGAUAGCAACUAGGGACUCUAUUAUAAGAUUCAUGGAGUGAAAGCCACUCCCAAACUCUCACAU